AUGGGCGACAUUGCAGUUGAAAGCCAGGUCAACCACGCGCCGCCACAUAAAAAGGCCGCUCCGUCAACAAUCCCCACUAUUGAUAACUUCGAGGGCCUACCGACAGAGGGCGGCGAUGACUACGCCUCGCUGAAGAAGUUGCAGAGACAGUUGGAAUAUAUUCAGCUGCAAGAAGAGUACAUCAAGGAUGAGCAAAGGAGCCUGAAGCGUGAGCUGGUGCGAGCCCAGGAAGAAAUCAAGCGCAUUCAGAGUGUGCCGUUAGUCAUCGGCCAAUUCAUGGAAGCCAUCGAUCAAAAGUAUAUUUGUCCUAUAAUUGUCCUUGCGAGAAAUUGUUCGCUGACCCAAGUCUCGUUUUGCAGCACGGGUAUCGUUCAGUCAAGUACCGGAUCUAACUAUGUUGUCCGGAUCCUGUCUACCCUUGACCGCGAGUUGCUCAAGCCUUCAUCCUCUGUCGCCCUCCAUCGACACUCAAAUGCCCUCGUCGACAUCCUCCCCCCUGAAGCCGACUCUUCCAUUGCCAUGCUUGGCGCAGACGAGAAACCUGAUGUGACAUAUGCCGAUGUUGGCGGGUUGGAUAUGCAGAAGCAGGAGAUUCGGGAGGCUGUUGAACUACCCUUGACACAUUUCGACCUCUACAAGCAGAUUGGUAUUGACCCCCCUCGUGGUGUUCUGUUGUACGGCCCCCCGGGAACGGGCAAGACUAUGCUUGUCAAAGCCGUCGCCAACUCGACCACUGCCAGCUUUAUUCGAGUUGUUGGCUCUGAAUUCGUUCAGAAGUAUCUCGGAGAAGGUCCCCGAAUGGUCCGAGAUGUCUUUCGAAUGGCCCGCGAAAACUCACCUGCCAUCAUCUUCAUUGACGAAAUCGACGCUAUUGCCACCAAGCGUUUUGAUGCCCAAACUGGUGCCGAUCGUGAAGUCCAACGUAUUUUGCUUGAACUUCUUAACCAGAUGGACGGAUUCGACCAAACCUCCAACGUCAAGGUCAUCAUGGCCACGAACCGUGCCGAUACUCUGGAUCCCGCUUUGCUGCGUCCCGGUCGGUUGGACCGAAAGAUUGAGUUCCCCUCGCUGCGGGAUCGCCGCGAACGUCGUCUCAUCUUCACCACUAUUGCCAGCAAGAUGUCGCUCGCCCCUGAAGUCGACCUGGACAGCUUGAUUGUACGCAACGACCCUCUUUCAGGCGCCAUUAUUGCCGCCAUCAUGCAGGAGGCUGGUUUGCGGGCGGUCCGCAAGAACCGAUACAACAUCAUUCAGAGCGACUUGGAGGAUGCAUACUCCAGCCAAGUCAAGGGUACGAGUGACGAUAACAAGUUUGACUUUUACAAAUAA